UCUUGACCGGUAGGGGGACAGUCCCCACCAAUAUUUUGUACACGUAUUUUACUUUCGGUGCUGUGUAUAUCUGGUUAAAACCCCAUUCAGGCCGCUCCUCAGAAAGAAAAUAAAAAAGUUCUCCCCGCUGCUCACCUUCCACAAACCCAGACAAAAAAAAAAAAAAAAAAAAAACUCCGCCGCUCCUCAGGAAAAAAAAAAAAAACGUUGCCUCUCGCUUUCUCCCCAUCACCCCCCUCCCUCUCCUGUCGCUUCCUUUCAAAAGCCCCCGCUAUUGCCACUCCCACCAUUUGAUGUGAUCGACAGGAGGAGAGAUGGCAACACAGCGGUGUUCAUUAAAUUUAACCGGUAGCUAACCUAUUGGACUCAGGGUUGGCAAAAAAUGCCACCGAAAAAGCUGCCUGACAUCCGGAGCUUUUUCACCAAACAGCAGCAACGUGUAAGUUUUUUUGGGCGAAUUAAAAUGAGUAACAAAACAUGACGGCAUUUAAUGCAGGUUAUUCUUCUUUCUAACAGGGAACAAAUAUAAUUCAGAUCGCUUCCUCAGUGGAAGAUGCUACGGGUUUUCAGCAGGCCACAAGCAUGCUAACCGAUUCAGGGAUAGCAGUGGACUCAGACUUGCAGGUGAGAGGGACUUGUGGAAAUAUUAAGACCUAAUUUUACUCAGGAGAGACUUAAAGUAGUAAAAGAAUAGAGAAUAGUGUAAAAAUAAGUGAAUACCUUAUUUAAAAUAUAACUGAACCUUUGGAAAAAAAACUCAAACCACUUUUUCCCGCCCUGUUAUGUCAGCUACACUACAUUCAGUAUCGUUACCAUAGAAACAGACAACAGCGCCAAUAUAUCAGAAUUAUACUAAAAGACACGCAAAUAAUUUCCCACAUAAAAAACAGGACUUUCAGUCAAUUACAGUUUUCCGUUUUUAGAGGGUUGUUUAUUUUGCGUUUAUUAAGUGAUGGCUGUGGUAUAUUAGCUUUCACUGCUAUAAGCUUUCGCAGCAGUGAUUGAUUAAUUUAAACACCUGCUCUACUGAACUUCUAUCGGAGUUGGUAUUUAGGUUGAACAUAAAGAACACCUUUUAUUUGAAGCUUCUUGUACUGUUUUAAUCCCGGCUUCACUUAAUUAAAACUUUUUCCUGACCUUGUUAUCUAGUUGUCAUAGUGUUGACAUUUAGUAGCAAGCACUGCGCCCCUUUUUCUUUUAUAUGUCCACGUACAUUUAAGAUUUAGCGUGUUAUGUUGACAACUCAUGAGCAAGCUGCUUUUUGCAAUCUAGCAGGAAGGUAAGGAUAGGAUCUUGCAGGUGUUACGUCACGCUGCAGGGGGUCCAAAGAUAAAAGAUUUAAACAAUUUUGGCAUUGAAAUUUUAGAUUUAAGGGAGUUAGAAAGUUCACUUAGUAGAAGUGCAAAUAAUAAAUCUGAUUACCGAUUACUUUUAAGCUGGUUGAACAUACUGUGACAGACUGGUGACCUGUCCAGGGUGAUCCCACCUCUCACCCAGAAUGUGGCUGGAGAUAUGCACCAGCACCUCCUGAUCCCACUGAGGGAUAAGGGUUAAAGAAAAUAGAUGGUUGAACAUAGUCCGCUCUCCCAGAUUCUAUCAAAUCAGUAUUGAUACCCUGCUGGUGGAUGUUCUUGACAGAAAGACGGAGUUGCUUAAUCAUAUUCUGCUUAAGGCCCCAUAAGAUCUUGUCCGAGUCCUGGUUUAAAAGUAAAUUAAUUUUAAAAAGUGACCUAAAAUGUACCAUCAAUGUUCUACAAAAUUAAUAUAUUUAUUUGAUUUAUUUGAUUUGUACUGUCUGGUUUGAUUUGUACUGUCUGGUUUUAAUUAUUGUGAAUAUUUAAGACACUUCUUAAGUUGUUAGGCAUGUAUAUUUUUACAGGGCACAGAAAGGCUUAUGCCAGCCAGUUCAGGGACAGAUGCAAAUUCAGAUGCACAGGUGAGACAGUCAGAAAAUUUUAAAAUACAUUAAACUAAAACCAGCUGGCCUUUUGUCAGAAGAUAGUGGAAAUUAAUUAAAAUUCUAUUUUCUCAAGGAAAUUCAUUCAUCGCUAGAGAACAAAGAAUCUGAGGAUGAAAGCCAGGAGGAAGGGAGCGGCUGCAGUCUUGAAGCAAAGAAUAUAGACAGUUUCUUUGAUACAUUCACAAAACCAAAUCAGCCAAAUUCCAAAGUCAUUGAGACUAAAAAACUUUCAAAUAGAACGUUGCAUUUUCAGGACAGGUGGUAUAAACAGUAUCCAUGGCUUCACUACAAUGAUAAAGCAAAGGGCAUUCUUUGCUUUUAUUGUGUUAAAACUUACACAAUUGAAAAAAGUACUUUGUCUAAAAAAGCAGAUCCAGCAUUUUCAGUUAAGGGGUUUACAAACUGGAAGAAUGCUACGACAAGAUUUAAGCACCAUGAGCUUAGUCAAAGCCACCUACAUGCAGUUAUGGUAUAUGCACAAAAAGGGAAAGAAGUUGAUGCUCUGCUGUCCAGUGCUGUUGCAAAGCAACAACAAGAGGCACAAUACUGCUUGCAAAAUGUAGUGGGGUCAGUGAUGUACUUAGCCAGGCAAGGACUAGCAAUAAGAGGACAUGAUACUAAAGAUGGCAAUUUGAUUCAGUUAUUAAAAUUUAAAUCUAAGGGUGAUGAAUGUCUCUCUCGCUGGCUUUCACAAUAUCGUGACUACACAUCCCCAAAGGUGCAAAAUGAGAUUUUGCAGUUACUGGGCAAUACCAUUGUGAGAGAAAUUGCUGCAUCUAUUCAAUCUUUACCAGUUUUGCAGUAUUCUCUCAUCAUUGAUGGAACAAAAGACAUUUCAGGUACAGAGCAAGAAUCAAUCUGUCUUCGGUUUGUAGAUCAUGACUUAGUACCUCAGGAGGUUUUUGUCGGGUUGUAUCAGGUUCCCGGAACCACAGGUGCCGAAAUUGCAAAAGCAGCCCUUGAUGUACUGCAACGACUAAAUAUCCGUCUAUCUUCAUUACGUGGUCAGACGUAUGACGGUGCUGCAAAUAUGUCUGGAAAAUAUUCAGGAGUACAAGCAGAGCUAAAGAAAAUGCAGCCACUGGCAUUGUUUGUUCACUGCGGAGCCCACUGCCUCAACCUCAUCACUGAAGCUGCUUGUCAGGCCAGUCCAGUUGUACGUGAUGCUUUGCAAUGGGUUCAUGAGUUAGGUACUCUAAGCAAGCAGUCAGGGAAAUUCAAGUCGUUAUUUUCUGCCACUGCUUCAAGUGCAGAAGGGUCAAGUAUCUCUCUUAGACCACUAUGUCCUACCCGGUGGACGAUCCGUGGUAAAGCCAUUACUGCUGUUCUAAGCCAAUAUGAGUCUGUCCUCGAAAGCUUGGAACAUAUGGUAUCAAGCAAUGUUAAGGCAAAUGGUCUCUUUGAGAGAUUUGAAAAAGGCAACACUGUUCUGGGACUUCGUUUGGCACUUUUGGUUGUUGACGACAUGGAAUGUCUUAACAGGUCAAUUCAAAAACGCACCGAGACUAUUUCUGGGAUGAAAGAAGCUAUUGGGUGUGUGAGAUCCAGCCUUGCUGAAAAAAGAAAUGAUGUAAAGUUUCAUGACAUUUUUGAUCAGGCUACACAAAUGGUAGAUGCUCUUGGCUUAGAAGAAAUCAAGAUGCCUCACCAAAGAAGACCACCAAAACGUUAUAGUGGUGAUGCAAGCCAACACUGUCCCAAGACAACUGAGGAGCAUUACAGAGCUGAGUUCUAUCACAUGCUUGACACUGUUGAUAUGCAAUUUCAGGAGAGGUUCACUCAGUCUGAUUUAAAUGUGUUGGAGAAACUGGAGGCUAUUUUACUUUCUGGAGAUGUGGAUGAAACUGUGGACCAGUAUCCAGAAUUAAGUACCCACAGUCUGAAGGUUCAGUUGAACAUGUUUCAUGCUAAGUAUGCUUGCAAGUCCAGUGAUGAGGUGGUCACAUUUCUCAGAGAGAUGACAACAGAAGUCAGAGGGUUGUUUGAUCAAGUGGAAACGCUUGUUAGAUUGCUUUUGGUGAACCCAGUGUCUUCAGCUGAGGCAGAGAGGAGUUUUAGUGCUCUCAGGAGGCUAAAGACAUGGCUCAGAUCAACAAUGACUCAAGUAAGACUUAACAAUGCUGCUGUGUGCCAUGUCCACCAAACAAAACUAGACAAUUUAGACAUUGAUCAAAUAUGUCAGCAGUUUGUGUCAGUGAGUGACAGAAGAAGGCAGGUGUUUGGCACUUUUAAAUGAGUCUGUGCUGGGGCUUCUUUCAAAGUUUAGGUUUAAUGUCAAAAUCUCAGCUGGAAGGCAGGGGUAUGAAGCCGUUAAUCAAUAUUGAAUCUGUUUUCCUGUUCAGAGUUGUUCAGUUUCUGAUGUAGAAAGCUUUAAUUGUUUUUGGUUUUUGGUUGUUUGUCUCUUGUAUCGGCUUAUUUUUGGGGAAACUUGUUAAGUUUAGAUUUAUGUGAUAUUUUUGCACAAAAUAUAUUAGUGAAUAUUGUAACAGUUAUGUUUUCAACUGUAAGCAUUAAAUUAAUAUAUGUUAUUCACAUUUUUUUUGGCUUUAUACUUUCCAACAAAAAAAAAAUGCGUCGCGCAGGUAGCUCCCUUUCCCUAUGAGCCGUCCCCACCAACUUUCAACACAAAGUUACACCCUUGAUUACAUAUCUAAAAUAGGUUUCCCAUAGAAUGGAACAAUGGAAGGUGGUGUUUGUUUCUUGUGGGAGUGUUCAGUUAAUUUCAUUACAGGAUAUGAUUCCAUAUGACUGAAAGGAGCUUUUUGGGACCGAAGUCAACAUCCGGAAUUACAUGUAGCACACGACAUUUCAUAUCUAAAAGAUUGUCGUGUAAAUUUCAGGUUGUAUUGGAGACAUAAAAUUAGGAGGGUCCAGUGAAUGGGAGGGGGAGUCCACUGACCCCCGACCUCGAAGGAGUGCACGCUAAGGUCAUCAACAGACAGAUGUGGUGGGCCAGAGAUUAGUGGCCCAUCGGAUUCCAGAGCCGUGUGUACCAGCCGACAGAGGGUUCAAGGAAAGAUCACCGAAACAGCUCCACGUGCCGAUUGCCACUCGCGGAUGAGGCUGCUGGACUUUUAUUUUAUUUUGUUUCUGUUUUUUAUUUUUAAUAAAAUGAUUCACAUACAGCUGUGUGGAGAUCGAGGUUGGAACAAUGACUCUAUAAACCAUUAUCUUUAAAGGCGAGGAGAAGACAUCCCUGAGACGCAAGACAUCAUGACAAAAAUUGAAUGCAUUGUGUAAAAAAAAAAAAGAAAAAAAGAACUUUUUAAUCACUGUAUUUCCCAUAUGAGUUACAUAUUCCUAAGAUGUCACAUGCUAGUACUGUUGGAAUCUUGGUUUUGCAUUGCAUGAUAAUCUGGUUUUUAUUCUGUGGUUUGAUCUGAGUGUAGUGCUUCACAGGUUAUAUUAAUUUCUAAAAGACAUCUUGUUAAUCUAGGUUAGGACUCUUAAAGUCAUUUUUAGAUAAUAUAACAGUUUCUGGUAGUUGCAAAGUUAUCUUAGCCUUGCACUUCUCUGAUAAAGGUGCUUACUUUUUUAAUUCUAGUAGGUUAUUAGCUUAUACUUGGGU